UAGCUGUAGGAAAGGGAGGCUGACUCCUCUGCUUAGCCUCUGAAGUUUUCGGAUAUACGUUUAGGCCAUCCAAAGGUGGACUAAACAACACAUUAUGACCCGGUGACUUUGUUAUGGGAUGUUAAGGAGGUCAUCACUCUACAGGUUCUUCCUGGAAGAAGAGAGAGAGAUGGGGGCUGGAGCAAUAACCAUCUGUCACAACAAGGCAGCUGUUCAGAUAAAGGAGGACAUGAAGAGGAUGGUGCAGCUGCCCAUGAUCAAAGCCUCUCCGGCCACCGCCACAGCGGGGAAGAAGAUCUUCGGCGUGUCCCUGCUGGAGUUGAGAGGUCUGGGACUUGUCAAGGACGGGGUUCCUGUGGUGGUCCGGAGCAUGGUGGAGUAUCUGGAAAAGCAUGGUCUUCGUCUGGAGGGUCUGUUCAGAGUAAACGGCAGCGUCCGGACUGUGGAUAACCUGCGGCAGAGGUUUGAUGGUGGAGAAGAGGUGGAUCUUCAUCAGGAUGCAGACGCCUGUGCUGUAGCCAGUUUACUGAAAAAGUUCUUGAGGGAUCUACCUGAAGGUCUCAUCCAUCCCUCCAUCCACAGUCCUCUCAUUCAGCUGUACCAGGAAUCCAGUGAAGGUGACUUCUGUAAGGACGUGCGUGAGCUCCUACUCCAGCUGCCAGAUAUCCACUACAGUCUCCUGCAUUACUUAUGUCACUUCCUGUCCCAGGUGGAACAGGAACAUGCUCAUAACCGCAUGACCGCCACCAACCUGGCCACGGUGUUUGGGCCCAACGUCUUCCAUGUGUCAUCUGGUUUUGACGGUAUACGGGAGCAGAAUAUCUGUAACAACAUUAUGGCCAAGCUGAUCCAGAACUACAGCGCCAUCUUUGAGCCUGUGGUGGAGAGAAAACUAAUCGAAGAAAAACCUUCAAACCUCAUCAUAGUUAAAGAGGCCAACACAAACACUGAAAACACAGAGAUUUCAACUUUCGCUCCUGCUCCGAAGGCACACGCUCCACAUGUCAAGAAGAUGAAGGUCACUCAAUGCACUCCAGUUGACAAUACAGACCCGUUUAGAGAAAGCGAGUCUAGUCCAGACAAUCCUAUACCAACACUGAGAAAAAAGAAGGUGAAGAAGAUAAAGACAGAGGCUGUGCCGAGAUCUUUUCCUCAGCCGGCUCCCUCUGGUGAUCCCGUCUCCAGGCCUUUGACCCAUCUUCCAGACAGAAGCUCGGGUGCUAGAGCUCAGUUUCUUCCACACUCUCCAGACCGGAGCAUCAGCUCCAGCGCUGACGGCAUGAACCUAAGCCCUCGGACCGCAAGCCCUGCCAGAUCUACAGAGACCUUCAACAGUUCACAGAUCUCUCCCGGACACUGCAGACCUGAAUUAACAAAUUUUCUGGAGAAGACCAUUCGCUCAGCGGUCGAGCAACACCUCUUCAACUCACACAUGCACACAGGUCAGAGUUCAGAGGGCUUGGGGCCGACUGCCCACUCUUCAUCUCCUGUGACGACAGCCCGAGCGAGGAGGAGACAUCUGCGAGAACAAGAGGAGAACUUCAGGGUCGAGGGUGAUAAAGAGAACGUCCCGUCUCCGGGUGUGAGGGUCACAGAGGGUGACGGGCGUCUGCUGCUGCCACCACACGAGGCUCAGAGAAACAGGAAGACCAAAGAGAGUCCCACACUGACCGAGCACUCAGACAACCAGGACGCCCCCACCCCAAUGGAAUGCCAAGGACCUGAUAUGGCGUCAGCUGAUUACAGGAGGAACCAUCAAAAGGACAACGGCCUGCAUUCUAUUCAGACGCCUGCCAUGAAGAUCCAGGAGGCUCUUAGUGCCGCAGAGCCAUGUGACGAUGUCCCUCGACUGGACCUGUCUACUCUGACGGACGACAAUAACUGGGCAGAUUCUCACUUCUUUAGCGCCCCUUUCCUUGACUUUAAAAGCCUUUUAAAAUCAAGUCACAAUGAGGAACCAGUCCCGGCCUACUCGUCGUGGCAAAGGGAGAGUAUGGACCGCGAAGAAGCUCGUCUGUCACCUCACGCCGGUGGCAAGCUGAUUCGACAACUCCUGGAAGAGGACAGCAACCCAAUGGUCUCGCCGCGGUUCUACGCUUAUGGAGAUGGCCAACAGUAUCUGGAUGACACUGAGGUUCCUCCAUCUCCACCCAAUGCCCACUCCUUUGUCAGUAGGCGAAGAAGUUCAUCAUUAGGCUCCUGCGACGACGACCGGGAAGAGCUCACUUCAGCACAGCUUUCAAAGCGGAUCCACGUACUCAAGAAGAAGAUCAGGAGGUUUGAGGAGAAGUUUGAGGAGGAGCGUAAAUACAGGCCUUCACACAGCGACAAAGCCGCCAAUCCAGAGGUUCUGCGGUGGAUGAAUGAACUGGCCAAGAUGCGCAAAGAUUUAAAAGAUCACAAGUUGCUAAAGUCAGAAGAGGAUUUGACGCCCAUCCCCCGCCAGCGCAGCAACACUCUUCCCAAGAGCUUUGGAUCUCAGCUGGAGAAGAAACCCACUGAGACCAAAGCCCCCAAACCCCCUGUGGAGAGCACGCUAGAGGCAGUUAUGAACAAACUGCAGGAGAAACGCAAGGAGGCUGGCCGACCUGAAGACGUUAAGGACAUGACCCGUGAGCAGAUAGGAGCAGAAAAAGUGGCCCUUCAGAAAGCUCUAUUAUAUUACGAGAGCAUCCACGGGAGACCAAUCACCAAGAACGAGAGGCAGGUCAUGAAGCCUCUAUACGAUCGGUACCGACUCAUCAAACAGAUCCUCUGCAGAGCGUCUGCCAUUCCAGUCAUUGGCUCGCCUUCCAGCAAGCGCAGAGGCCCCCUGCUGCAGCCCAUUAUCGAGGGUGUACCAGCCCUAUUCUUCAGCGACACCAAGGAGGAGGAGGACGGCUCGGACGAUGACAACGACACCAGGACACAGUUCACGGUCACGGUUAAGCCGGAACUGAGCAUGCUGGGACUUCUCGACCAGCUGGAUGAGGACACAGAUGGUUUCAUCUCGCCUGUUGAUGAACUCUCACCCUCCAAGAACACCACUGACAUGAGAUUGUCCAAUUUGCAUGCUGCAACCAUGCAGGAACUUGUGGAGCAACUCCAGGAAGCCCGUGAAGAAAAGAAAAGAAUCCGCAAAAACCUCCGUGAUUUUGAGGAUCAGUUCUUCAAACAGAACGGCAGAAACGUGCAAAAGGAAGAUCGCUCACCCUUGGCUGGAGAAUACAAUGAAUACAAGCACAUUAAAGCCAAGCUACGGCUGUUGGAAGUGCUCAUCAGUAAAAGAGACUCCUCUAAGUUCAUCUAGUGCUCAGCUGGGAUUUACUCUACUAGCCAAACAAGGACCAGCCACUGCUUUUCAAAGCAAUAUAGUGUGUACAAAGACAUGUUCCUCUUUGUUAUUGACUCAUUACAGGCACAUUUGGCUUUGAAGGACGCCAAGACUUACCUGGUUCACCAGAUGUACAGUGCUGUUUGUUCCACUGUACAGCAAAAAGGACUUGUGUUCUGCUUUGGACUUAAGUAUUUUUUUUUUGUCCGCUAUGAGACCGUGGAUUUCAGAAUACAAUCAGAUUACUUGUGAAUCUCUGAUCUUAAUUCCCUUUGAAGCCCAGAAGAAUGUUUGUUAUAUUUUGUGUUGUAUUAUACAGAUUUUUAGCUUUUUUCUAUAUUAAUAUUGCUGUAAUAUAGAAACAACUGUGUUUUCCCAAUCAGACAUAAGCUUUGAAGAACAUUGAGAUAAUGCGUCUUAAAUCAUCGGUGUAUAUACUUAGAGAUGAGGAGAGUUUAUCAUUAUAGGAACUUUUCGUAUUUGAUGAUUUGAAGAAGGUAACCGAUUUGUGGAAGGAAGGCUCUCUGUAUAUUAUUUUUUAAUUAUUUACUAGUGCCAUAAUUCUUUAUUUUGAACAUUAAUGCUUCUGAGAAAAUGUAUUAUUUGAACAUGUUCAUCGUUAAUCAAAUCUCUUUCUCCCUCCACUAAGACCAGUGACUAAGCUAGAGUUUACUUUACAAAAGAAAAAAAAAAA